GCGCGUCACUGCGCCUGCGCGCUGGUAUAUCCGCCCGGACUCGGCCGCCAUCUUAUGUCGCUUUUUCUUUUGUUCCACAGACGGAGCAGAGGCGGCUCUGCGAGAACGAGAGAGAGAGAGAGAGAUUUACCUUUAAAAAACAACCUUAUAAACAAACAAACAAACAAACAAUACAACACGAAACACACAGAAAGAGAUUCAUUCUCAGGGUACAGGAAGUCUCUCGGCAAAAAAAAAAAAAAUGAUGAUGAUGGAUGACGAGCAGCCCAAGACGCUUUACGUUGGGAAUCUCUCUAGAGAUGUGACAGAAGCUCUUAUCCUUCAGCUGUUCAGUCAGAUUGGACCGUGCAAAAGCUGUAAAAUGAUUGUAGAUACUGCAGGUAACGACCCGUACUGCUUCGUAGAGUUCUACGAGCACCGACACGCCGCGGCUGCAUUGGCUGCCAUGAACGGAAGGAAAAUAAUGGGUAAUGAAGGACCAUUGAGGAGUUCAGUAAACAAGGUCAUAUUUCCCUCGUUUGAAGUUAAAGUGAAUUGGGCAACAACCCCGAGUAGCCAGAAGAAAGACACAAGCAAUCACUUCCAUGUCUUUGUUGGGGACUUGAGCCCAGAGAUAUCCACAGAAGACAUCAAGGCAGCGUUUGCCCCGUUUGGGAGAAUAUCGGAUGCCAGGGUGGUUAAGGAUAUGGCUACAGGGAAGUCAAAAGGCUAUGGCUUCGUCUCUUUCUUCAACAAAUGGGAUGCAGAGAACGCCAUUCAGCAAAUGGGGGGCCAGUGGCUUGGAGGCAGGCAGAUCAGAACUAACUGGGCUACAAGAAAGCCCCCUGCUCCUAAAGCUACUUACGACACUGCGAAUGCCAAACAGUUGUCCUUUGAGGAUGUCGUGAACCAGUCCAGCCCGAGCAACUGCACUGUGUACUGUGGAGGAGUCACAUCAGGACUUACAGAGCAACUGAUGAGACAGACGUUCUCUCCUUUUGGACAGAUCAUGGAGAUUAGAGUUUUCCCAGAUAAGGGAUAUUCUUUUGUAAGGUUCAACUCCCACGAGGGGGCUGCCCACGCCAUCGUGUCCGUCAACGGGACGUCGGUAGAUGGUCACGUGGUGAAGUGCUACUGGGGGAAGGAGACUCCAGACAUGAUGAGCCCAAUGCAGCAGCAGCAGCAGCAGCAGCAGCCACCGCAGCAGCAGCCUCCGCAGCAAGUGCAGCAAAACAAAGUUGGGUUUGCAGCAGCGCAGCCCUACGGCCAGUGGGGGCAGUGGUAUGGGAACGCCCAGCAGAUUGGCCAGUAUGUGCCCAACGGCUGGCAAGUGCCCGCGUAUGGAAUGUAUGGGCAAGCAUGGAACCAACAGGGUUUCAAUAGCCCUAUUGAGAGCUGAUGUCCUGCACAGUCUAGGAAGGUAACUAAACUCUCCUAGGUACAUAGUAACCCUUCUGUUUUUGGGUGGGAUGACGACACCCCGCAUUCUCCGUGAACACGUCUCAAUGGACCGUAACACAGCUAACUGACUCUUGAUUUAAUCCUGGCUUUGUUCCAGACGAUCGUUGUGCAAGUGUAAAAACCAGUUUUUUUUUUUAUUGAUCUUGAUUUCCAUAUGCAGUUCGGUUAUUUCAGGUUCGCACUUGAAUUCCACAUCUGAAGAUUAAGGAAAUGUUUCUCCGGCUAGAAUGAAGCAUUGACUGCUGUAUUCGGCAUGUUUUUAGCAGUGUUUUUUCAACCCCCUCCCCCCUCCCCAUACAGGGAAGGAAAUAAGAGCCCUGUUGCAGAGCAGUUUGAUCCAUUCCUGGUUUUACUAGGAGUUUAAGACACACCUGAGCUUGUUUCCUGUACACACUGGGGCUAAUCAAGCUGGUACUAAAAUCUGUAACGGGUGAAACUACUCUGCACUAGGAGUCUUAUUGCCAUCCCUGUCAUAUAGAUGUUUAUUUUGGUCCCGUGUAUGAAGUAAACUUUUUGACUUUUGGUGGGGGGGUGGGGGGGGGGUUAAGGCUAAUCUUAAUAAAUAAAUGAAAUACACCCCCCUUCUAAAAAACUUCCUAGAUGUGCUGUAAAGGUCCCUGGUUGCAUUUAUUUGUAAACUAAUACCACCAUGCUUCAUAUUCAGUCUGUAUUUAAUUUUAUUACUGCUGGAUCUAUAACAUGUGGCUUGUACACAUUUAGUUCUGCAUCAACAAACAAAAUCUAGUUUGCUUGAGCAUGGAACCAGGGUUGAUUAUGUUGCUACUUGUGAAUGUGUGUCAAGUUAGCUAUGCGAGAGAGAAAGGGAGGGAGGGGGAAGGGCUUCCCUUUAUACAGUAUUGUACUAAACUAACGUCAAAAGUUUGUAGUUUGCUGAAGCCUAAUAGAAAAAGUGUAGACCUGUACAUAUUUCAAAAGAGAAUUCAAGUCGGUUCUCUUGCACUAAUUUAAUGUUUUGAAGUACAGUCUAGUCCAUUUUGUGGCAACAAUCAUUGCGUUUGGCCAGCAUCUUAUAAAGGGGGGGGGGGCUCUGAAUUUGUCAUUUAUUUGGGGGUCAGGUGGUGACUGCUGUAAAACACUUCUAACUACAGGCUUAUAAAAAAAAAAUGACCUACGUGUGCUUGUUUGCACUAUGUAAGCAAAAUUAUACUGUUUCUGUUUUGCGUUUCUUCUGUUUGCCUAGCUGAAAAUGAAUGCUGCAAUAUAAACUUCUGAUGCAAGUGUUGACGAUCUCGAUGCAGAAUGUAGCACACAGUAUUACUGUAAAGGACGCGGCCCCAGGCUAUUUCUUUGCAUAUCACCGCUGUAUUCCUAUAUUCAAACUGCUGUGAUUUCCCCUAAAGUGGACUUGACUGUCAUUCACAUUCAUCAUAAACAAUUGCCUACCAGCAAUUGAUACGAGAAUAAAAUUUCAUUCUUUGCAUUUAGUAGCUGCUUUUUAAGGGGUUAACACACAGACAGGGUUGAGGUCAAUUCCAUUUAAAAAAAAAAAAAUUAUAGAAUUUUUUUAAAAUCCAAUUCCCAUUCCGUCCGUUCCAAGUCCUUCAAAAGAAGGAAUUGGGGAAUUAUUUUAAAUUGGGAUUUAAAGAAAGAAAUGGACCCCAGCCCUGCAUCAGAAAGCAUUUCGCCCAGUGUUUAAAAAUUAAACUCCUGUUGGUAAAUCUGCAAGAAAAACUAAGAUGCUAUACCGUCUUGCAUUACCAUCCCUAGUUAUCAUUUUGAAGUUUUGUUACAUAAUUUGUACAUGUACUUUGUGCUUGGGUUAAUGCUUUGUUAACAUUGCCCUGUCUAAAAAAAAUAAGUUUUGUCAUAAGGAUCAGUCAAAUAAAAACGAGUGUCAUGGCAACAAA